AUGAAGACUAUCUUUGCAUUUGGUGCUUUAGCAGCCAUCUGCAAGUCAGCAUACAGUUUUAAGGGUGGACUAUACUCGAUCAGCGUUGACUAUCCCGAAGAUCUGUAUCUGACGGUGCAAAGCCCUCCUAAUCCGCUCAACUUUACAGCACUUGCACGCAAUCAGAAGUGGAGUUUCAGCAAAGUUGGUGAUAGCGAGACCUACUGGAUCUUGUAUUUUGACACCACAGUUGGGGAAUUCAACUUCAUAAAUUGUCCAAGUGGCCAGGAUCUCUGCCACCUAUCGGCCAGCCAACAGGCCUUCACCAUCCACGAUUUCAGUCCGCGAGAUCGUCAAUACUAUAUUCAGGAUGAAACCGGUAGAACUUUGGUCAAGACAGACAAGGACCAACUGAACGCGACUUUGGAGACCGGCUAUCACGAUGAUCCUAUUUUCUACAUUAAGUAG